UAAUAACUCUUCUGGGUGUUGGGUCAAACUAUCGCUUUCAUUUCAAAAACCAUUGGCUGCGCAUCGGAGACAUGUGCACUUACGGUUUAUUGUUUUUGAUAUUCGGUUUCGGUUUUGGUGCGACGCAAAAUGCUGCGGAUGUAGGCAGUCUUACGACAUCUAUUGCCGGCCUGGAACAAUUGCUAGCAACAGAAUAUUUGCUUAUAAAAAAUUUGGAUGACUACGCGAACGCGUUAGAGGAAAAGCUACUUGUCAUACGCAGAGUGGCUACCAUCCUCCGUGAAGAAAAUGAAAAAGCACAACAAAAUUCGGAAUAUUAUUUAUCCAUACCAACAAAUAUAUUUUCUUUGGUGCGCCGAUUACAAAUGGAUUGGGUAUAUUUGGAUAUUUUUAUGAAACAAAGAGCGGGUGAAGAGCAAAUCAAAGUGUUAAAAGAUCAUUGGAUUCAUUUACCUAAAACUGAUGAUUUUAAUGAAGCGGUGAAUGCUAUAAGUCGGUUGCAGGACACCUAUGAUCUCAAAGCAGCAGACCUAGCAAAGGGAGUGAUUAAUGGCAAGAAAUAUGAUACGAAACUAUCUUCCCUCGAUUGCUUUGCUUUGGGUUCUGAGCUUUUCAACCAAAACGAUUUUAUAAACGCUGGCUAUUGGCUAUAUACAGCAUUACAAUUAUAUGAGGAAGAUGUAAUGACACGACUACAUACCUUAAGUCAGUCAACUAUCAUGGAACUCUAUGCCGAAACGCUUUUGAGGCAAGGUCGCCAUCAAGACUCUCUAUUAGUGAUGAACGCAAUACUGGUCUUACCUUCCGAUGCGCCGAAAAAUUCGCUUAUAAUUAAGAAAAAAGCCGAUCUGGAGUUGCACAUUAAAACAUACAAACCACUUCCAGUAAAGCAUCCGAAAACGGAGCCAACUGUGUAUCAACGUUGCUGUCGUGGUGAUUUUUCAAAUCGAAGCUCUAAAUUCUACUGCAUCUACAAUACAACAACAACCGCAUUCCUUAAAUUGGCUCCUCUUAAAAUGGAAGUUAUAAGUCUCGAUCCAUAUAUGGUCGUAUUUCAUGAUAUUAUGAGCGAUGUGGAAAUCACCACGCUUCAGGAUAUGGCGCGACCUCACUUGCAACGUGCGACAGUAUACAAUCAUGCCCGUAAACGCAGUGAAGCUGUUGCUGGGCGCACGUCAAAGUUUGCCUGGUUUUAUGAUCAUAUGAACGCAGUUACCAAACGCGUUAAUAAACGCAUUGAAGACAUGACUGGGCUAGAUUUGGUUGGUUCGGAAAUGCUACAAGUGAUGAACUAUGGACUAGGGGGUCAUUAUUCUACGCAUUACGAUUUCUUCAAUGUUUCAACGGAAAACGACAUAGUAUCCAUGCAAGGUGACCGUAAAGCCACCGUACUCUUUUAUAUGACUGAUGUGGAUCAGGGGGGCGCGACGGCGUUUCCAAACUUAGAAACUGCUAUUUUCCCUAAGAAAGGCACAGCUGUAAUGUGGUAUAAUCUAAAUAAUCGUUUCGAAGGGGACCACAAAACUUUGCAUUCCGGUUGCCCAGUAUUGGUUGGUUCUAAGUGGGUCACAAACAAAUGGAUACGCGAGAGGAACCAAAUUUUCAAGCUUCCCUGCUACAAGGAAUAGUUUUUAUAAUAAGAAAUAAUAAAAUUUUUUGUAUUUUUUAUAUUUUAAUAUUGUGCAGCCUCAUAGUUAUUAAUUAAAGGAAUCUUAAAAAAGCAAA